GGCUGCUAUCACUGCUCUCAGCUCUCACGAUUUUGUAAACAAUCUAUGUACAGAUCGUACAGAUACAGAUACAGACAUAAUCUCUGGGGUUUUGAUUGUUUGUGAGACGUCGAGAUUUCAGCUGAAAUUAAAUAAGGAAAGACGGCAGCAGCGACAUGUCUCUAAAACUCUACUUCGAUUUGAUGUCCCAGCCUGCAAGGGCUAUUUACAUUUUCCUCACCAAAACCAACAUCAAAUUUGAACCCAAGAGGGUCGACCUGAAAAUGGGUGAACACCUCACUGAUGAAUAUAAGGAAAAAGUUAACCCUUUUGGCUUGGUGCCUGUGAUUGACGAUAAUGGAUUCAAGCUCACCGAAAGUGUUGCCAUUCUUCGCUAUUUGAGCAGGGAAAAGGGCGUUGCGGACCACUGGUAUCCGAAGGACAGCCACCUUCAGGCCAGGGUUGACGAGUACCUCGAGUGGCAGCAUUUGAACACCAGAGCCAACUGCGCCAUGUAUUUCCGCACAAAGUUUCUCCACCCGAUGAUGACUGGAAAGCCAGCGUCCGAGAAGGACGUGAAUAGGUGGUUGAGGAGCAUGAACGAGACGCUGGACAAGAUUGAAAAUGUUUGGCUGAAGGACACUCCCUUCCUGAACGGAAAUCAGAUUUCCAUUGCCGACAUUCUCGGCGCCUGCGAAAUCGAGCAGCCUCGCAUGGCUGGAUUCGAUCCGUGCGCCAACCGACCGGUGCUGAGCGCCUGGAUGGACCGCGUGAAAAAGGAGCUCAAUCCGCACUACGAGGAGGCGCACAAGGUUGUCAGACUGGUUACCAAGAAAUUCAACGAAAAUCCUGGAAAUUUCACUCCGAGUAAGCUUCUCGGCGACGACGACUCUGAGAAAAUCAUGGCUUUAAAAUUGUACUACAACCUUAUGUCCCAACCUUCUCGCGCCCUUUAUAUUUUUUUGAAGAAGACAAAUAUCAACUUUGAAGCUAAAAAUGUUAAUCUUGCUAAAGGUGAGCAACACUCAAAAGAAUACAAAACCAAAGUGAACGCCUUCGGACUGGUCCCGGUAAUUGACCACAAUGGAUUUAAGCUCACAGAAAGUAUUGCUAUUCUGCGGUAUUUGUGUCGAGAAAACGACGUGGCGGACCACUGGUAUCCUGAGGACAGACAAAUGCAGGCCCGAGUUGACGAAUACCUCGAGUGGCAGCACAUAAACACCAGGGCAAACUGCUUUCUGUACUUCAGGGCAAAGUUGCUUUUGCCAAUCUUGAGUGGACGCCCUCCAAACGAGGAAAUGAUCGAAAAAAGACUGAAAUUGAUGAACGAGACUUUGGACAAGAUUGAAAAUAUUUGGCUCAAAGACCGGCCCUUCUUGGCCGGAGAUAAAAUUUCCAUUGCUGACAUCCUUGGCGCCUGCGAAGUGGAACAGCCUCGUAUGGUGGGUCACGACCCUGGGGCCAACCGGCCAAAGCUGGCGGCGUGGCUUGGCAGAGUUAGAGCCGAGUUGAAUCCGCAUUAUGACGAAGCUCACCAAAUAAUCGGCACCUUUAAUAGGUACAUGUUCCUAUUCGACGCUUACUGUGUUUGGCUGAGGGUUAAAAAUUUCUUUAUUCCUCGAAAGGCUUAGAGGAAUGAAAAUGUAUCUUGUAAAAAUACUGUUCUGCCCUCCAGCAGGGUACAACAUGCUGAUAGGAUAUAAAGAUUAUUAUUUUAAAUGCGAAAUGAAAUUGUUAGGAAAUUUGUAUUAAAGGUUUUUCAAACAGGCAACUCCCAAAA